AUGUUGGGUGAUCUUUUGGACAGGCUAUUGACCAAUAGCUCGGUCACCCUUCUUGUCACGGUGGCAGCGGCGGCAAUUGCCCUAUAUCUAUCCCCGUCGAAGUCAAAUAUGCCACUGGUGAACGAUAAGAAGCCAUGGGAAUUCCGAUGGACAACGCCCGCCAGCGCUUCCUGGCCGACGCGCAUAAUCUCAUCAAAACAGGGCUCGCAAAAGUACGCACCAGCCUUUCGCAUUGUGACGGAGAAUGGGAAGAGGAUUAUUCUGAAUGCGAAGUAUGCCAACGAGAUCCGAAGCCACGACGCUCUUAGCUUCGGCCUCCACACGGCGAAUGACUUCCACGCUCAUAUAACGGGGUUCGAGCCGUUCAAACAAGGCACUAACGACGAUAAAGUCUUUCAAGAUGCCGUGCGGAUGAAAUUGACGCAGAGCCUUGGAAGUCUCACUCAACCUCUUGUCGACGAAACAGUGAUAGCGCUUCAGACAAAUUGGACGGAUGAUACUACUUGGCAUGCCCUCCCUCUGAAAUCCAGCAUGCUGAAAAUCGUCGCACAAUUGUCAUCAAGGAUCUUUUUAGGCGACCAGAUAUGUCGCGACCCGAACUGGCUCCGCAUAACUGUUGACUAUACCAUCGACUCUUUCAAGGCGGCUGAGGAGCUACGUCUAUGGCCGAAGGCUAUUCGAGCUAUCGUUGCCUGGUUUCUCCCGUCGUGUCGCAAGAUCCGGGCCGAAUUACAGGAAGCGCAAGACAUUAUCCGGCCGGUGCUAGACACCAGACGUCAAGAAAAACAGGAUGCAAUCUCAGCUGGAAAGAAACCGGAACGGUACAACGAUGCGAUGGAAUGGUUGGAGGAAUGUGCAAAGGGUCGCUCUUAUGAGCCUGCUUUCGGACAGUUGAUAUUUUCCGUUGCUGCUAUUCAUACCACAUCUGAUAUGCUGACACAAGUGCUCUAUGACCUCUGCGGUCGCGAUGAGCUGAUCCAAGCUCUGCGCGAAGAAGUGAUUACGGUAGUGCAAGAAGAAGGGUGGAAGAAGCCAACGUUAUACAAGCUGAAACUUAUGGAUAGCGUUCUGAAAGAGAGUCAGCGUCUUAAGCCGACCGGCGUGGUCUCUAUGCGGCGGGUUGCCGUAACCGACCUCAAGUUGUCCGAUGGCACUUAUAUCCCUAAGGGCUCGUUUCUAGCCGUAUCCAGUGAGAGCAUGUGGGACCCUGAGAUAUAUCCUAAUCCCCUUGAAUUCGAUGGUUACCGAUUCCUCAAGCUGCGCGAAGUUCCUGGGCAUGAGACGUCUGCGCAAACCGUGGCUCCGUCACCGGAGCAUAUGGGGUUCGGGUUUGGGCGUCAUGCUUGUCCGGGUCGGUUCUUCGCCGUCAAUGAGGUCAAAAUUGCCUUGUGCCAUAUCUUGUUGAAAUACGAAUUUAAGUUGGCUGAUGGGCCAGUGCCCCAGAUAAGGCAGAAUGGUGUCUCAUUAUCCGCGGAUCCUAUGACAAAGCUCAUGAUCAGCCGGCGACAGGAGGAAAUCGCUCUAUGA